GAGCCCCCCCCCCCCCCCCCCCAAGUUGUAUGGGAGCCAGCUGUGGCUGUAGUCAGUCAUGGGGGGUUCGGUGUCCUGCUGCAUCUCCCCCGGGGAGAGUCCGAAGAUCCUCCGGAGACGCGUGGACCUGGACGAGUGUCCCAUCACCACCACCGAGGACGUGAGCGAGGACACUGGGACCUACCUGCAGCACAUCAGUGACCGGGAGCUCCCUGACGAACUGGCCCAGGAGGUGAACCCAUCGGACCACCCCAGAGCCAGCACCCUCUUCCUCAAUAAGUCCCAAACAGAUGUGCGCGAGAAGAGGAAAAGCAACUACAUGAACCAUACGUCUCCAGGGCUUCUGACUAAAAAGUACAGCUCUUGCUCAACAAUAUUCAUAGAUGACAGCACAGUCAGCCAACCAAACCUCAAGAGCACCAUCAAAUGCGUCUCAUUGGCCAUAUACUAUCACAUCAAAAACAGAGAUUCAAACCGCUCGCUGGAUAUAUUCGAUGAGAAGAAGCACCCUCUGUCGAAAGAAAAAGUGCCGGAUGAUUACUCUGUGGUCGACCCGGAGCACAAGCUCAUAUACCGCUUCAUUAGAACCCUCUUCAGCUCUGCACAGCUCACCGCCGAGUGCGCCAUCGUGACUUUGGUGUAUCUGGAGCGGUUACUGACUUAUGCGGAGAUCGACAUUUGCCCGUGCAACUGGAAGCGCAUCGUCCUCGGCGCCAUCUUGCUUGCCUCCAAAGUUUGGGAUGACCAGGCGGUUUGGAACGUCGACUACUGCCAGAUCCUCAAAGAUAUCACAGUGGAAGACAUGAAUGAGAUGGAGCGCCACUUCCUGGAGCUGCUCCAGUUCAACAUCAACGUUCCGGCCAGCGUCUACGCCAAGUAUUACUUUGACUUGCGCUCAUUAGCGGAUGACAACAACCUCAGUUUCCCUCUGGAGCCGCUCAGCAACAAGCGAGCCCAGAAGCUGGAGGCCAUCUCCAGGCUGUGUGAGGACAAAUACAAGGACCUGAGCAGGUCCGCCAUGAGGAGGUCCGUCAGUGCGGACAACCUGAUCGGCAUCAGGAACUCCCAGGCCGUGCUGUCCUAAAGCAUCCAAAAUCAGGCAGAGAUGGUGCCACGUUUAUCAAGAGACUUCUUUUUUUUUAAAGUAGAUAAAUAUCUGUGACUGAAGUCAAUUUUAGGGGGUAAGAAAUGACCCAAGCUAAACGUACAACACUAUAACCUGAUGAAUCCAGUCUGUGUGUUUUAAUUCAAAGGUAAAGCAUGAUCUUUUGCUGAUAUAUGUCAGAGGAAAAACAGCAUCAAAAUGCUUCCAAAAGCUGAACAAGUUUUUGCCGUUUUCUUCUAGUUCUCUCUUCUGUUUUUAAUAUUUGUCUAUAUUUAGGGAGGAGCAAUAUUCAGCCUCGUCUCCCUUCAUUCCAUUGGUACAGACGCUACAGACUGUUUGGAACUACCCUGUGGUGUAGUUCUGCACUCAACCAGAAGACAACUUUCUGCUUACUGUGUAGGCUCCUAUAGCUGUGAACUGUAUGAGACUUUAUUUAAAACAAAUAAAUUUCACUCGCUGUUUCAAGUUGA